GAACCCGACACAAAACCUUCUUAGCUCUUCAAAGUUCAGCAAACAAUAAAAAAACGGGAUAAAUAUGUCUAGUCACUGUCAUGAUGAGCAUGACCACGGUCAUGGCGGGCAUUCUCACGAAGGUCACGAUCAUUCUGAUGAUAUCACCCCCGCACUUCAAUACUCACUCUACCAACACAUCAAAUUUGACGACAUAACCACACUGAACGAAGCCACUCCUGGUUCUGGAAAAUCCAUCGUGAAGAAAACAUGGGAUGAACGAAUGAAUGAGCAACCAGAGCUCGAGAGCGAUGCUGAUGAACAACUGCUAAUGCAUAUCCCGUUCACCGGCCAAGUGAAACUCCACUCGAUUCUUAUCCGCACGUCAAACUCUGAAUCCGCCCCCAAAACCCUCAGAGUAUUCAUCAAUCGCGACGAUAUCGAUUUCAGCACCGCGUCAGAGCUACGGCCUACGCAGGAAUUCGAAUUAAGUCAAACCUCUGAGAUUCAAGAUAUUGGUGUUAAGAGGGCCUUGUUCGGAAAAAUACAAAAUCUGACGCUGUUUGUGGAGGAUAAUCAUGGAGAGGAUGUGAGUCGCAUUUGCUACCUGGGCUUUAAGGGCGAUUGGAUGCAAUUGGGCAAGGCGCCUACGAAUAUCAUAUAUGAGGCUGCGGCAAAUCCAAAUGAUCAUAAGGUUAAGGGCACAAGCUUGAAUCAGAUGGGUAGCAAUAUUGGUCAGUGAAGGAUGCUACGAUAGUGGUCUGGCUGGAUGAGAGUGUGUAUCUUGGUGUAAGGUUCAGUGUGUGGUAAAACCAGAAUGUGGAAGAAAAGUCUAGCUGAAGACA